UAUAUGUUUUUUGAUAUCUAUGUAUAAAAUAAAAUAUAGUGGACACGAAUCCACCUUAUGUUGACUGUGGAACUUUACUCAGUUCAACAUAGUUUAACAGUAUAAAACAUAAGAUGUCAAAUGUUUAUGUAAAACUUUUUCAGAUGGUCAGGUAAAAAAAGUGAAAAUACAUAGUUGGAACAAUAUUUUUUCAAACAUGUCUGCGUUUUUCUUUUACACCUUGUUUUAUAUUUUAAUCUCAGGAUGUAUUAUAUAUCCACCAACAGAAUUUAUUUCAGCUGGUCUAACCAUAAAAGAUAUAUUUUCAACUUGGUUAGGUAGUGAAAAUGAAUUUUUUAUACAAUAUCAUAUAAAAAGGAGUGUAGUUACAUUGUUUGUACAUUCUAUGCUUCCCUUUGGUUAUACCCUUGGGUUAAUUCUGUUUGGUCAUGUAAAUGUUGGCCAAGAACAUACAUGGCUAAUGUUUAUUAUUUGUACUGUACUUCUGCCUCUAUAUACCUUGUAUAAAAUUCUAAUAUGGUCAAUGAAUAAUUGGAAUAAACAUCCCAUAGCACAAAAUCUUGCAGUUUAUUCUAAUGGUAAUAAUAAUAACAAUGUAGCAUGGACUACAGUAGCUUCUGAUAUCAACAUAGAAUACCGAAGAAUAGAUAAAAUAAUAAUUACUACAAACAGUAUAACAUCCAUAGUGGCAACAGAUAAUUGGAUAAUUAAAAUUAUGCCUUAUAAGGUAUUGGUUGCACAUCAGAGUGAUGCAGUUUUGAUAGUUAACAAAAGUGAUACUCAUGAAAUGUCACCUGUAACAAGAGGAGAAGUUCAAUUCAUUAAUAUUGAGGUCAAGUCUACAAGAACAGGAGCACAGUCUUUUGACAUAAGAUUGAAUGCAUUGGAUUUUAAAAAUUUGCAAGAUAAAGUUUCACGUCCUAUUACUAUAUUACAAAAUAUCACAUUUCAUAAAACAUUACUUGAUAAGUUUAUUGACAGUUUUAAAGACCAAGUACAAGAAAAUCCACUUUAUGCAUGUGCUGAGGAAUUAGGCCAAUGUAUAGGUUGUAUGCAAGUUACAUCAAAUGUAAAGCUACAAAAACAAUGUAGCACUGGCAUAGGAAGUGGGAAUUCAGAAGACUGCAUGAUGUGUUACUGCCGUCCAAUGUGGUGCAUAGAUUGCAUGGCAAAAUGGUUUGCAUCAAGACAGGAUGAAAAUGCACCUGAAACAUGGUUGUCUUCUAAAUGCACUUGCCCAGUAUGUAGGGCAAGGUUUUGCAUUUUAGAUGUAUGUCUUAUACAACCUAUUUAAAUAUAAAACAAUAUAACAAAAAA